AUGAGAGUGACGCAGUGACAGCUACUGUACCAUCAAUAGAAAACCAUAUGGGAGGGAAAGUAGUCCCUAAGAAGCCAUCACCUACAGCUAUAGUACCACAAAUACAAGAACUGACCGUUUCUGCAGGAGACAAUAAAGUCAUCCGGCUGCCGAAGAACAAAGUCAGUCUGAGUGCUUAUGUGUUGGAACCCAAAGCCGAAGGUGAGACGUUUAGUUACGAAUGGACCCUGAUUACCUCCCCUGAGGGUGCCGAGACAGGAACAAUGGUCGGGAAAAACACAGAUACACUUAGUCUAACAAAGCUCAUAGCUGGCUUGUACUCCUUCAAGAUCAAAGUAACUGGAAAGAAUCGGGAGGGGUCAGAAAUGGUCAAUGUCACUGUUCUACCAGUUAUCAGGAAAAACCGUCCACCAGUUGCAAUUAUAAAACCAGCGAAACAAACCAUAAAAGUGCCAAACCUUGCCAUCCUGGACGGCUCAGUAAGUACAGAUGAUGAUAAGAUUACAAUGUACCACUGGGAAGAAGUGAGUGGACCAAUACAGGACCAACAGUUCAAAGACAACACAGCCAUUCUCAAACUCAAGAACUUAGCCCCAGGCAAAUACCAGUUCAAGUUGACAGUGACCGACUCAGAUGGAGCCAGGAACUCGACCGUUGCCAAUGUUACGGUCAUCAAAGAACUAGACUACCCUCCGAAAGCCAACGCCGGGUCAGAUAUUAUCAUCCGCCUCCCACAAAACACCGUGAAUCUUUGUGGAAACAUGAGCACCGAUGAUAAAGGAAUUGUAUCCUACGAGUGGAUUAAGUCAGCGGAUGAUAAACUGACAGCAGACAUGUCUGGUGUGAGGUCGGUCUGUCUAACACUGUCAAAUCUACAGGAGGGAGACUAUGCCUUUACUCUCAAGGUCACAGACACAGCUCAGCAAACCUCCUCCGCCGAUGUCAAUGUUUUUGUGAAAGCAGAGGUGAACAAGCCGCCCGUGGCUGUGACUGGGUUCCGUAAGACGGUGAAUCUUCCCCUUGACUACAUCGUGUUGGACGGCAGUAAGAGCUCGGACGACAAGGCUAUUACAAACUACCAAUGGAUGAUGAUCAA